AUGUACGGAUCCUUCAACUCCUCUCACCGCACCACCAUGUCACGAUACAGAGCCUACGACAAAGACGAUGGCGUCCCCGUCGUCGAGGACGCAGGCGUCCGCGGGACAUAUCACGAGGAUUCCAUGUCGGCAGACUUCGCCUCCAUCGACCCGGAGAGCGGUGUGAAGCGCGGGUUGAAGACGAGACAUCUCAGCAUGAUGGCCUUGGCGGGCAUCAUUGGCCCCGGCUUGCUGAUCGGCGCGGGCGGUGCGCUUUCCAAUGGCGGGCCCGCGUCUUUGCUUAUCGGGUUUGGUGUGAUUGGCAUCAUCGCCUUCAGCAUCAUGCAGAGUCUCGGGGAACUUACGACGCUUUACCCCAGCGGCGGUGCUUUCACGGGGCUGGCCGACCGUUUUGUUGAUAAGGCCUUCGGAGUUGCGCUUGGCUGGAAUUAUUACAUCAUCUGGAUGUGCGUCUUGGCAAACGAAUACAAUGUGCUGUCGAGCAUCUUUGUGUUUUGGAGCGACAAAGUGCCCCUGUGGGGAUACUUCCUGAUCUUCUGGACACUCUUCCUUGGUUUCCAGCUUCUAGGAGUUGAGGCCUUUGGGGAGGCCGAGUUUUGGCUGGCUCUGCUGAAGCUUGUUGGGCUUGUGGCAUAUUUCCUCUUUUCCAUCGUAUAUGCUGCUGGCGGUAUCCCGGGACAAGAGGCGCUCGGCUUCAAGUAUUGGCGCGACCCCGGAGCCUUUGUGGACGGCUUCCGUGGCGUAGCCAAGGUCUUCGUUUUCUGCUCAACCUUCUAUGCCGGUGUUGAGUCUGUUGCUGUGGCAGCUACCGAGACGAAAAAUCCUCGCGUGGCUGUUCCUCUCGCAAUUCGACAGGUCUUCUGGCGCAUUAUAUUCAUCUACAUGGGAUCGGCCUUCUUCUUCGGUCUCACUUGUCCCGCGAAUGCCGAUGAGCUCGUGAAUGGUGGCUCUCGUGCUGUCAAAAGUCCCAUGACAGUGGCUCUGCAGAACGCUGGAUGGGAAGGAGGUGUCCAUUUGAUUAACGCCUUCAUCUUCGUUACGUGUCUCAGUGCCUGCAACUCAAGUAUUUACAUUGGGUCUCGGACGCUGCUCUUCAUGGGCCAAGAUCGCAAGGCACCCAAGAUUUUGGGCAAAACCGACAGUCGAGGAGUGCCCAUCCCCGCCAUCGUCUUCACGAAUCUAUGCGGAGCUCUGUCGAUGAUGAACAUCAGCACCGGCGCUAGCAAAGCGUAUUCAUACAUUGUGAACCUGAGCGGUGUCUCAACCUUCUUGGUCUGGGGCUCAAUCUCGUUCAUUCACAUUCGAUUCCGUCAGGCAUGGAAAGCACAAGGACAUGCCGAGAGCUCUUUGCCGUUCAUAUCCAUGUUCUACCCCUGGAACGCCUACUUCGGACUGGCGGCCAACAUCUUCCUCGCCAUUAUCCAGGGAUGGACGACUCUGGCGCCUUUCGAUGCUGGCUCCUUCGUCGAUGCGUACAUCUUGCUGCCUCUGUUCCCGCUGAUUUACUUUGGGUAUAAGUUCGCGUUCAAGACUCAUUUCUGGAGGUCGAGUGAGGUUGAUCUGCUCUCUGGUCGCCGGAGAGACUUGGACGAGUCGCGAGAAAUUGAGACAGGAGAACAUGACUUGGAUAGACUUCCUUGGUGGAAGCGCCUGCUGAAAAGCUUUUAG